AUGGCACUGCCAUCCAUUGUGAGUCCUAGAAAGAUGGAACAGCUGCAUUAUGGCACUGCCAUCCAUUAUGGAUGUUCGGUGUUCGAUCCUGCUGGUACCAAGAGUAUACAGUUGUCAACAGGUGUCUGUGUCAAAGUAUUGUGUGCUACUAAUGGCUACACGGUGUCUCAACAAAGAUUUGAUGGUAGCGAGAGUUUUAAUCGAACCUGGGAUGAGUAUAAAGAAGGAUUUGGUGAUAUCAGCGGUGAAUUCUGGAUGGGAAAUGACCUUCUACAUUACCUAACGAAUAUACGACCACGGAUGCUCAGGAUUGAAAUGGAAAACUGGUUCGGUGUACAGAAAUACGCCGAAUAUACCACCUUCUCUGUGGCGAAUGAAACCUUUAACUACCGAUUGACACUCUCGGGAUUUUCCGGGAACAUCGUGGACAUGUUUUCGGGAAUGCACGACGGCCAGGAAUUUAGUACGGUAGACAGAGAUAACGACGUGUGGGUGAACGGUGCGUGUGCGGAAUUAGGGUCCAGCGGCUGGUGGUACAAACAGUGCUACACGUGUAACCUUAAUGGUCUGUACAUGGAGGACCUAGGAGUGGACGAAUCACAGUCAUUUAUCUGGUUCUUCUUCACUACUAGCGUAAUGGCGAGACCCUUAAAAGAGUCUAGAAUGAUGUUCAAAUGA